UCUCUCUACUAUCACAAUGGAUCUUUACUAUUCGCCUUAUUCUGCAUCGACCGGUGCCAUCCUUGUAGUUGAAAAGGCUCUUGGUCUACAAUUCAAUAAGAUUCAGGUUAACCUAGGCGCAAAGGAGCAUCUAACACCAGAAUUCCUAAAGCUCAAUCCUCAACACACGAUUCCUACGUUCGUCGACAACGGAUUCUCUCUAUGGGAAUCUCGUGCCAUUCUCACCUAUCUGAUCGAGAAGUACGGAAAGGAUGAUUCUCUUUACCCCAAGGAUCCUCAGAAACGUGCCCUUGUGAAUCAACGCCUUUACUUCGAUUUGGGAACUCUCUUCAAGGCUCUUGCAGAUUAUUACUAUCCAUUGUUCUAUAAGAAGCCUCUUGAUGCAGAGUUAUUCAAGAAGGUGGAAGAGGCCUUAAACUUCCUUGACACUUUCUUGGAUGGCAAGCAGUAUGUGGCAGGAGAUUCCCACACCGUCGCUGACAUUGUUAUCCUGUCAACGAUUUCUUCGUUCAAAGCAUUUGGGCUGGACAUUAGCAAAUACAACAAUAUUGUGAAGUGGUACGAGAGGGGUACUAAGCGUGCUCCCGGAUGGAAUGAGGUCGAAAAUGUUUUGGCUGAUUUGAAGACAUUGGUGGAAUCGUUGAAGUAAAAUUCAUCAAACGAUUAUGGCUUCAUCGGUAUUUUAAUGAUGACUUGGAUUCAGCGAAUUUGAUCCAACUAGCUUGGCAGCUCUCAUCAGUUAUUGUACAUCCAGCAGUACACGGUCUCGGAUCUAAACUCUACCGCAUAUUCCCAUUUUGUGUUUCGAACCUUUGUAUUUAAUUCCUAUGUAUCUGUCCCUUUAGUCUAAACUAAUUUUUUAAAUUUUUCCUAACCAUGAACCUUAACUAAAAGAAAGCUUAUAUCAUACGAUUACAGAAAUAACUCUCGAAGUUCAAAAGACCUGAAUUUAGCCUGCGAAGAGUUUAAAUGUGAGAUAAUGGAAGAGAUCAAUCUGUAUAAAGAGCCCAUAGAAAUUUAAAAAUAAAAAGGC